AUGAGGGGCGCAACAGCAUGUUCGAGUUACGUCGGCAGUUUAUCGUCAUCUUCAUCGUCCUCUUCAUCCUCCACGAACUCUUCGACAUCAGAUAUCACUGACCUCUCCAAAGAAGCAUUUACCAAAAAUCACUUCUUAAAAUGUGCAGAAUUGCUGAAAAAAGCACUGGAUGAAACUAAAGACGAUAUGGAACGACGUCGUUUGUAUGCAAAUUUAGCUCUCUGCGAAGCGAAGAGCAAAGCACAACUAUUUAGUGCUAAUUACCAGAUUGCGCUGCUCGAUAUUUUCCCUAAACUGAAACCUGAUGGGGAUCACAAUUUAGAUGGUAAUGACGAAGCAGUUGCUGCAUUCAACCUAGCAUUAAAUGCUUUCGUUCGAGGGAAUCGGCGAACGUGUCUCGAGGUCUUGCAAUGUGUGAUGACUGUUAAUACUUUAUCAGAUACACUGUUCUGCGCCGUUUCGUUGUUGGAAAUUGAAGUAAGUCUAACUUUAUGUCAACCAAAAUUGGCACUGAAACAAGCAAUCAAACUUCGCGACAGCACUACGUGGCGUCGGGCAAACGUUCUUCAGCGUGACUAUCUUGCUUGCUUGGAGUGCCGCAUACGGUGUCGCCUUGCACAGACGUCAUCAUUGAUCGAUUUUACUUCGAAACCUGAGUUGUUGCACUGGUGCCUUAUACAGUCAGAAUUUGAUGUGAAGAAUGGCAAUGCAACACGCGCAGCAAAUCGACUUUUGAAAUUCCGUCCUUCGCUUCAGGAUGAAGAACGCAGACUUGUAGAUAAUGCGCUUGGGUGCGUUUAUGCUUUAUCGCUGAAGAAGAUAAGUUUGGCGGAGUCGUAUUUUCGAUCGGCAAUGUUGGUGAGGCAAGAAAGAAGGAAAAGUUGGCAAGAAUCAACAGUACCCAGAUAUUGUUUGAUAUAUCACGCAGCUUUGGCUCAGUUACACUGUGGACAGGCGGAAUCUGCUUUUACACUUUUCCUUUCUAUCCUUCCAUUUUAUCCAAAACAGCCUCGAAUUUGGUUGCGAAUUGCGGAAUGUUGCAUAUACGCACUAACAAAGAAUGGAAAUGAUAGCAUGGAUACUAAUGGACAAAUGCUAGAAAUUAUAGGAACACCGCAGAACGGAUAUGCUAUCUUCUCCCCUAUUUCUAUUAGGGGAGACAGUUCGAAUAACGAAGUCGGCGAGAUACGAGAAAAUCAGAUCAGUUGGGAAUUUGCUGCACACUGUAUUCGAAAUGCUUUAAUUUUAACAGGCACUGAACGGGAUUGCGCAUAUUUACUUCCAUGGGUAUAUGCGGCAUCAUCUUUCAUUAAUCUGAAUCUUGGUCGUUAUGGUUUAGCAUUGAAGGCAGCUUGUCAGUUGGCCAAUUUACAGCAGGUUUCUCCUCAUCACAAACUUAUGGCAGUGCUUUUUAAAGCAGAAGCAUUAAUGUUGUUGGAUCGUCUACCAGAGGCUAUAGGAUGUUUGACGCAAGCUGUACCACUCCAAUCCAUGCCGAGCACGAUAUCAGCUGUUAUCUAUAAUAGAGCGUUGUUACAAGCGUUGAGUGGCAAUUUCCAUAAAUCAUUGGCAACCUUUGGGCUGCUCGGAACACAGUGCGAUAUAACAACAGUUCCGGAAGCAGUAUCUCUCGGUGUUUAUAUUUACAUGAAAUUAAAUAAGGACGAUGAUGCAAAACGUCUGCUUGUGCAACAAUUGCAAAAAAUGAGAAGUUGA